AGCCGCGGGUUGACGAUUAACUGGCCGCGCACACUCCGCUGGGCUGCUCUGGCGCUCAUGAGUGCAGCGGAGCUCCCUUUGCUGAGAGUUGAGGGCCGGGGGUACUCAGCGCGUCGCUUUGUCUCCGUCGCCGCUGGGAGGGUCGUAGCAUUGCCUGGGUGCACUGGGUCUUCUGCAGCCCAGUUCCAAAAGGCGCUUGAAGCUGUGCAGCGAGGCGAGGGUGACGAACAUGACUGUUCUCAUACUUGCACUUGGCAAUGAGAAAGAUGAAACAACACAGGAUAUUCAUGAUCAACCAGGGCUUAUCUGGGCAUAUUUGGAUUGGAGUUCUUCAUUUCUACAACUUCAGCAAGGAGUUAUCAAUGAAUUCUGCACUUUCACUUUGUAUGAGGCUUGUGUUUUUGGAAAGCUUUUUGUAACAAUAUAUGAUUGUCCUUUCUGGGAACUGUUUGAAGGUAGAAGCUGGUAUUCCUCUCGCAAUCCAAUUGCACAAGCAGACAUUAUUGUUAUUAAGUAUUCAGUCAACAACAAACCUGCCUUUCAAGAAGUAAAACACAGCUUCAUUCCAAUGAUUAAAAAGUUUAUAAAACAAUGGACUGUUCCAAUUAUUGUUGCUGCAGUGGGUGCUAGAGCAAAUGGUGACGGGCCUUCUUGUACUUGUCCCCUUUGUGCCUCUGACAAGGGAAACUGUAUUCCUUCUUCUGAGGGUCUCCAGAUUGCAAGGGAAUUGGGAGCCACUUAUCUGGAGCUGCACAGCCUCAAUGACUUCAAUGCAGGGAAAUACUUUGGAGGAGUGCUGGAGUAUUUCAUUAUGCAGUGUUCAAAACAGAAAUCUUCAGAAAGUUUAAAAAGGAAAAAAGCCUGCAAAUCCAAAGGACUGAAGCCUCCUCAGCUAGGACAGCCUGUUAAACUGCCAGUUGUGAAGAUACAAAAUUCCAGUUACACUUCUGAGCUUCUUGGGCUGCUGGGAAGCCCUCAAUUUGCAGAUGUGUCUUUCUGUGCAGAGGGCACUAGUGUGGAGCUGGUGCAUGCACAUCGUGUAGUCUUGUGUUCCAGCAGUCGGAUUUUAAAUGCAUUGCUCAGUGUACAAGGUGUUCCUCAUGUCAAGAGCUCUUCACUACAGGCUGCUCAGAGACUGUUGUUAGUAAAGGAGAACACUUUAGAAUCUCUUGACACCUCCACCAACAUCAAAAACAGACAUGUCCACAGUCCUCCUAUGCAGAUUCAUAUCUUGGAUCCUCUUUUAUCCAGAUGCUUGCCUGAAACACUGCAGUUUAUUUACUCAGGUAACACCAAGUGGCACAUGUUUCAGAAUGCUGUCAGGGAAAAACUAGUAGACGCAAAAGAUGUGAAAGACCUUUUGGAGAAAGUUUGCCUUCUCCUUGGCAUUGAGCAGCAACAAAAAACUGAACAAACAGCAAUAAUGAGAGCAACUAAUUCCACUUCCUGGCUGGGAUACUUCUUCAAUUCCCCUGUGUUCCAUGACGUUGUUUUUAAGGUCCAAGGUGUCUCAAUUCCAGCUCACCGUGCUGUUUUGUCAGCUCGUUGUAAAGUCAUGGCUGCAAUGUUCAGUGGUCACUAUGCAGAAGCAAGUAGUUGCGAGGUGUCCAUAAACGCCGUCUCCACAGACACGUUCCUGUCCUUUUUGGAGUAUCUCUAUACUGACAUCUGCUGUCCAGCUAGUGUUUUGCAAGCCAUGGCUCUGCUAAUCUGUGCAGAAAUGUAUCAAGUGUCAAGACUGCAGCAGAUCUGUGAAGUGUACAUCACCACAUGUCUGCAGAGUAUGCCAAGCAGGGAGCUGGCAUCCACCAGCCUUAGCAUCAUCAACCUUCUCAAGAAGGCUCAGUUUCACAAUGCUGAACAGCUGUCUAGCUGGCUCCUUCACUUCAUCUCGAGCAACUAUCUCAUCUUCAGCCAGAAAGCGGACUUCUUAGAUCUGACUGAGGAAGACCAAGAUUUCAUCGAGAAGCACAGGUGGCCUUCAAGGGUAUACAUGCAGGACCUUGCAAAAUUUAGGCAGCAAUUCUGUGUCCAAAAAUCGUGCUGUGCUGUCAUGUGACAAGGCUGCUUCCCUGCAAAAUAAGCACAACAUGGUUUUAGUCAUGCAAAAGUAUGUCAUCUGCAAAGACAGUACUUACAAUACCAUAAAUAAGCAGUUUUGGAAUACUCCAUCAUGACAACACUUAAGGAUAUGACGUCAGCCGCCUCCCAAGUUAACACUGAAAGCUGUGCAUGCUGACCACUAUAUUUAUUAUUACUACAUUUUUAAAUUAACAUCUAUUUUUAUAAGUUGAAAUCCAGGUGUGCUUUUAAUCCCCUACCACAGUAAAAACAAGACAGCACUCCCUUUUAGAAGAUUCAGCGUAGACUUGAGUUUUAUUCCAGGGAAGUGAGCACAAAUGUAUGGAGUGUUUUGAAGAUCUAGUCAGGUCUAAUCCUGUCCGUGGCAAUCUCUAGAAAUCAAAUGCCUGGAAAUGUUGUGGGUUAGUUUAACUUGGGCCAGUGUUAACUCCUAAAAAUGUGAAUAACUAAGGCAACGUAAGACAUUACAGGUGCUUGUCAAGAGCUAUACAGUAUACAGUAUUUAAAAAUCUCAGCCUUUGCACAGAACAAUACAACUCAGCCCUUUUGAGAGGUGUAGAGGAGCAAAGCAAAAGUGAUGCUGCCACCUCCCAGAACCCCCCUGUUAUUUGGUCCUUAAGCGGCUAAUGCAGGUACAGGGUAUGGUUUGAGCCAAUCAGAGCUCUCGAAGGAACGUCUUUUCUGUCAAACUGCAAGUGAACCAGUGUUGCCAAGGCCGUGAGGUAUUAACGUUUUGCUUUUAAAUCUUCUAAUGCCAAUAGCUGCUGAAAGGAAAUGGAAAUGUUAUAUAUCAACAGCUCUAGCUCUCAUGUUAUCUCACUGUUACUACUCAGGUGCUUUCAGGGUCCUUCGUCCUUAACAUUUGGAUUUUUAAAAACUGUCCUAUACCCACGAACACCACUAGUUUCUCUCAGAUAUCUCUCCAGUUAUUUGUUAGGUGUCAUCCUACUUUUUAGGACAAAUUACAUUAUAUUUGUUUUUUCUUCCCUGUUUUAUUUACCUCUUUGCCAUUUUAUAUUCCUUGUGUAUUUACCAAGAAGCCACAACAAUGACAGUUUAGAUCAGAUCCUGGACGGCUGUAGUGGCUGCAGGUUACGUAAUGAUACUUCCAUUAUUGCUGUUGAUACCCGUAUUGCUCAAGCACCAUUUUUUGGCUUCAUUUUAGCUGCCUUGCUUGUUAUGAUUCCCCCAACCUUAAUUGCUUAUUUUAGUCUUAAACGGCUGCUUGUAAUGGCUUCUUAUUCGCAACAAGAGGCAAAUGACAAAGGAAGCAGCCGUUCUUCAUCUGACUUCUUUCCAUUUCCACCUGUGUGUUUUCAUCGUAUCUGACUUAAUAAAAUGUUGGUGAGAAACUGAGAAGAAAAAAGUGAAGGACUGAGAAAUACUAAUCAGAAUCGGGCUGUAAAUCACUCAAAUGAUAUCACUGGGAAGAA